AUGUAAUUCAAUUAUAAUUGGUUUUAUUUUCUAUUCAAAGAGUAAUAUUACUUAAAUUCAAUUUAUUCAGGGUUCUUCAUAUACAAUCUAAUUACAUUUAAAGAAUUGUCAUAAUUCAAAGUUAAAAUUUAUUCAUUUGCCUAUUUUUUAAUUGCUUAACAAACACAAAACUGGCUUCUGUAGUAAUUUCUUGUUAAGACUUCAGUUUCAUUUAAAAUUUUGAUUGAAUAAUAAUUUAUUAUUAAAACUACGUAUGACUUAGGUCUCUCAAGAAUAUAAUUUAGAAUAUUUGGGUAGGUAAAUGAUUCAUUAACUUAAGACAAGGCUUCAGACAUUACCAAAGUGCAAAUUUAGUAAUAAAGACAAUUAAUUACAAUCAUAAGUGUAAAUGAUAAGGAUGCAAGGGAUAUAAUAUAUUACCUUUAAGAUAGACAAACCAUAGAUUUGUCACAAAUAUCUCUUAAGAAAAGAAUUAAAGAAUUGAUCUUGAGCAUACCAAAAGUUUCCAAUCCAAAUUCAACAUUUAGACUUAUUUGGGAAUUGAUAAGUAUGAUAUUCAUUUUUGUCCAAAUGAUUUAAAUUCCAUUAGUUUUAACAUAUUCAGUCGAGUUAAGCUACGGAUUUUAGAUAUUCAAUUAAUUCAUGGAUGUGUUUUUUUAUAUAGAUAUGGCUUUGAAUUUUAAAUUUGCUUAUUAUUAUAGAGGUGAAAUUAUUUAUGAUAGAAAGAAAAUUGCGAUCAAUUAUUUAAAGUUAUGGUUUUGGUUAGAUUUUUUAGCAGUUUUGCCUUACGAUCAAAUGUUCAAUGCUGAAGAUUCUCAAGCAUAAUUAAUAAAAAUAGUGAGAUUGUUUAAGUUCAUUAAAAUUGUGAGAUUAUUAAGAGUACUUAAGAUCAGUAAAAUACUUUAAAAAUUAGAGGGUAAAUCCAUUUAUAAAAAUAUUGAUAGAAUCUUGAUAUAGUUUUUAAAGAUAGCAUGCUUAAUUUUGAGUAUUGCUCAUUGGAUAGCUUGUAUUUGGAAUAUCAUAGAAUACACCGAUGAAUAAGUUAAUUUAACAUGGAUGCACAAAUACGGCAUUGAUAAUGCAGAUUGGGAAAUCAAAUACAUUUCUGCCUUUUAUUUUAGUGUAACCACGAUGAUAACAGUGGGUUAUGGAGAUAUUAAUGCCAAUACGCAAAUUGAAAUGGUAUUUGCAAUAUUUGCUAUGGUUUUGGCAUCAGCAAUAUUUGGUUAUAGCAUGUCUAGUUUUAUGCUCAUAAUAGAGGGAGAAGAUGAAAAAAUCUAAGAGUAGAGGAUUCAGAAUUCUAAAAUCAUUAGAUAUAUCAAAUAGAAAAGCAUACCGAAGGAAUUGUAAAGCAGAGUUAAAAAUUAUCUAGAAUGGUUGGCAGGAUCGGCUCAAAUAGCUAGAAAUUAUGAGUAAUAUGUUUUAAGAAGUCUAUCUGCAAAUCUGAAAACUGAAAUUAUAUGUCUAAUGAAUGGAAGAAUUCUGCAUAAGGUUUAGCUAUUUAGUAAAGAAUUUACUCCUUAAUUAAUAAACAAACUUGUUUAUGUUUUAAAUGAAUAGAUUUUAGGACCUGAAGAAUAUGUAUUCAAGGAAAAUUCAUUUGAUAAUGAUAAGAUAUAUUUUAUCUAAAAUGGUUAAAUUAAUAUUUGUAUCACUUAAAAGGAAACACUCUUAAAGACAUUGUAAAAAGGAGACUAUUUUGGUGAAAUAGGUUUCUUUGGGAGAAAACCAAGAAGUGCUUCAGCAAAAUCAAUUGAUUUUGUUAAUGUUAUGAGUUUAAAUAGGAUUGAUUUAUGGGAAGCAGCAAAACCUCUUGAGAGUGAUCUAUUGAAGCUUUAUUUUAUGAAAGAUUGUCUUGAGGUUGAAAAUAAUCUCAAACCAUUAAAAUUACGGUGUUACAUUUGCGAUAGACCUCAUCACAUAGCCAAAAAUUGCACUGUCUUUCAUUACAGAGUAAGUAGAAAAAAUAUCAUACUAGAGUAUUUUAAUCAUGAAAAUAUCCGAUAAAAUUAAGAUAGAAAAAUUAAUAAAAAAGUUAAAGUGAAUUUACACAAAAUAUAAGAAUCUGCUCUUAAAUAUUAAAAUAACUAAAAUAGAUGUGAAAAGCAAAUUAAAAUUAUAUCGAAUGAUUAUAUUAUUUAAGAUGUAAAAAUCGCCUUCGAUAUUGAUAAACAAAAAGAAUACUCAGAUUUCUUUAAUGAAUUUAAUAUUACUAAUGUUGCAAAAAAUAUUAAUCUCUUUGCUGAAUUGAUCUUAACUGAAAUUGAAGAAAAGAAAAAAUUGAAAUCUCAAUCUAGACAAACUCAAAAAAGACUCAAAAAUUAAACUAUUGCUCCCAGAUAAUCAAAAGCUACUAUUGGUAAUAUGGAAUAUUUACUGAAUAACAAAUCAUUAGAAAACUCAUCCUGUUUGUCUUCCGAAAAUUCAAUACGUUGUAUUGAUAGAAACAAAAGUAAAUCCAAAAGGCUACUUGAUCUGUAAUCAUAAUAUCAUUUUGCAAGAAGAUCUUUAACAAAUACUACUCCCAAAUUAUUCGAGUUCAAUAAUCUUACAAUUCUUGCAAAAAAGAUAAAGAAUCCAAAACAUAAUAGAGUAUCGUCAGUAACUAGAUUUACCUAAAAUUAUAAUGCUGAAUUAUAUAUUUUAAAGUAAGAAACCUUUAUGAGCAAAUUCAUCCCUCAAUUAUUGUACAACACAAAAUUCAACUAAUUCAAAAAUUGA